AUGUUGCCUUUUGUUCUGCUUUUGCCACCCACCGCUCCCAAUGGUGGAUACUUGCCCCAUUGGAUCCUCUUUAUUUCUGUUGUGUCUGUGUUCAAUUCCUUACAGAAUUACUUGAUCAAAGAUGUCAGCCUCACCAGAAAAGUCUAUUCCGCUGCACCCGAGAUGGAGGUGACCCGUUUGAGUGCUCGUACUUUUGGAACCUGGACAUUUUUGACUGCAAUUGUCAGAUUUUACGGUGCUUAUAACUUGGUUGGCAACGAACAGUGGUACAACCUUAGCAUGUGGACUUUUGCAAUUGCCGGGUUUCACUUUGUAAGUGAGUGGUUAGUAUUCAGAAACUGUAAGCUCGACUCCGGUUUGGCUGGUCCUUUGGUGGUCGCUUCUUCCAGUUUGAUCUGGAUGUACCAACAGAAGGCUUACUACCUUGGUCUUUAA